AACCAAAGAUAAAGAGCACUACGAACUAUCAAAAUGUCACUACCUGUUAGAAGGCGAGUAGAAAAGCCAGCAAUGUUAUGUGUCGUGAUGUCAGCGUUCAUCGUAAGCCUUUUCCUACUGUAUAAUCCCGCUGCUGAUAGAGUCUUCAAUUUAGUUCUCGAGCACAGACAAAAUUAUGACAAAACUCUCUUUGGGAUCAACACUCAAUCUCUGAACUCAGAAGAGACUCGGUCGGACGAUCGACGCCUGAUCGACAUCAUCCGUAAACUCUACCUGACGCCGGCCUCCGCUGAGCCGUACGCGUUUGCAGCAGCGUCGCUUCCUUCCGAUGGCCAGGCAACAAUUGUCGACAAAUUUUUCAAACAAAAGACACACGGGGUGUUCGUCGAGUGCGGCGCCUACGACGGCGAGUUUCUCUCGAAUACGUUAUUCCUGGAACGCUUCCGGGUCUGGACGGGCUUGCUGAUAGAGCCCGAGCCCAGCAGCUUCGAGGCUUUGAAAAAACGGCAUCGCAAGGCCUUAAUUGCUAACUCUUGUCUCUCUAGUAAACCACAUCCAAGUGAGUUUGUCCUACGACAAGAUAGGGCCCUGAGCGAGAUCCUGGACGUCAAAAACAUAAGUUACCAUCUCGAGACUGGCGGAACUGGGGACGUGAGCUACAAGAUAGUGCAAUGCUUCCCCUUCUACUCUUUCUUACUGGCCGCCAACAUCACCACCGUCGAUUACUUCAGCCUCGAUGUUGAGGGGCAGGAAUUCAAUGUGCUCAAGACGAUCCCGUGGCACCAAGUUGAUAUCAAGGUGAGGGAUGACGCUGUUCCGGACAAGAAAUAG